AUGGAAACCCUGCAGGGCUCGCAGGAAGCCGCUCUCCCGACAGUGGGCUUCUUGUGUCCGUCAGUGAGACGUGAUGAAGAGGUGAAUAAUACUUCUCCUUUAUCUCUAUCAACAGGAGGGAUCUUUGAAACUGUGGAAAAUGAGCCUGUUAAUAUUGAAGAAUUGGCUUUCAAGUUUGCAGUCACCAACAUUAAUAGAAACAGAACACUGAUGCCUAAUACAACAUUAACCUAUGACAUCCAGAGAAUUAACCUUUUUGAUAGUUUUGAAGCCUCGAGAAGAGCAUGUGAUCAACUUGCUCUUGGUGUAGCUGCUCUGUUUGGACCAUCCCACAGCUCCUCAGUCAGCGCUGUGCAGUCCAUUUGCAAUGCACUUGAAGUCCCACAUAUUCAGACCCGAUGGAAACACCCUACGGUUGAUCACAAGGAUGCAUUUUAUAUCAACCUCUACCCAGACUAUGCAGCCAUCAGCAGAGCAGUUUUGGAUCUUGUACUAUACUACAACUGGAAAAUAGUGACAGUAGUAUAUGAAGACAGCACAGGUCUAAUUCGUCUGCAAGAGCUCAUCAAAGCCCCUUCUAGAUACAACAUUAAAAUCAAAAUCCGCCAAUUGCCCUCUGGGAAUAAAGAUGCCCGGCCUUUACUCAAGGAGAUGAAGAAAGGCAAGGAGUUCUACGUGAUAUUUGAUUGCUCACAUGAAACUGCAGCAGAAAUCCUUAAGCAGAUUCUCUCCAUGGGAAUGAUGACUGAAUACUACCACUAUUUUUUUACAACACUGGAUCUAUUUGCAUUGGACCUGGAACCUUACAGAUACAGCGGAGUCAAUAUGACAGGCUUUCGCCUGCUCAACAUCGAGAAUCCUCAGGUCUCAUCAGUCAUUGAGAAAUGGUCAAUGGAGCGUCUGCAGGCACCACCAAAACCAGAGACUGGCCUCCUUGAUGGCAUGAUGACGACUGAGGCAGCUCUGAUGUACGACGCAGUUUACAUGGUAGCAGUGGCCUCCCAGCGUGCCUCUCAAAUGACUGUCAGCUCCCUGCAGUGUCACAGACACAAGCCGUGGCGUUUUGGACCCAGAUUUAUGAAUCUGAUAAAAGAGGCACGGUGGGACGGCCUGACAGGGCGCAUAACCUUCAACAAAACCGAUGGCUUACGGAAGGAUUUUGAUUUGGACAUCAUUAGUCUCAAGGAAGAAGGAACAGAAAAGAUUGGCGUGUGGAACUCCUACAGUGGCCUUAACAUGACGGACAGCAACAAGGACAGAUCAACCAACAUCACAGACUCAUUGGCUAACCGGACACUGAUUGUCACGACCAUUUUGGAAGAUCCCUACGUUAUGUACAAGAAGUCUGACAAGCCUUUGUAUGGAAAUGACAGAUUCGAGGGUUACUGCCUGGAUUUGCUAAAGGAGCUGUCAAAUAUUUUGGGCUUCAUCUAUGAGGUCAAACUAGUUUCUGAUGGUAAAUAUGGAGCCCAGAAUGACAAAGGAGAGUGGAAUGGGAUGGUCAAAGAACUCAUAGAUCAUAAAGCUGAUCUGGCAGUUGCUCCUCUCACUAUUACUUAUGUAAGAGAGAAGGUAAUUGAUUUUUCCAAGCCCUUCAUGACGCUGGGAAUCAGUAUCUUGUACCGGAAGCCCAAUGGCACAAACCCUGGUGUUUUCUCUUUUUUAAACCCUCUUUCUCCUGAUAUUUGGAUGUAUGUUCUCCUAGCCUGCCUCGGAGUCAGUUGUGUCCUCUUUGUCAUUGCAAGGUUUACACCCUAUGAAUGGUAUAACCCCCACCCGUGCAACCCAGACUCAGAUGUGGUGGAAAACAAUUUUACUUUACUAAAUAGUUUCUGGUUUGGAGUUGGAGCUCUCAUGCAGCAAGGAUCAGAACUGAUGCCCAAAGCUCUUUCCACCAGAAUAGUUGGAGGAAUAUGGUGGUUUUUCACCUUAAUCAUAAUCUCAUCCUAUACUGCCAACCUGGCUGCAUUCCUGACGGUAGAAAGGAUGGAAUCCCCCAUUGAUUCAGCUGACGAUUUGGCAAAGCAAACCAAAAUAGAGUACGGGGCUGUUAGAGAUGGAUCCACAAUGACCUUCUUCAAGAAAUCCAAAAUAUCAACAUAUGAGAAGAUGUGGGCAUUCAUGAGCAGCAGGCAGCAGACAGCGCUGGUGAAGAACAAUGAUGAGGGAAUCCAGCGUGUGCUCACGACAGACUACGCGCUGCUGAUGGAGUCCACUAGCAUUGAGUAUGUGACUCAGAGAAACUGCAACCUCACUCAGAUCGGGGGACUCAUCGAUUCGAAAGGCUAUGGUGUGGGAACUCCUAUUGGGUCACCUUACAGGGACAAGAUCACCAUUGCCAUCCUCCAGCUCCAGGAGGAGGGGAAGCUCCACAUGAUGAAGGAAAAGUGGUGGCGAGGCAACGGCUGCCCUGAAGAGGACAGCAAAGAAGCCAGUGCUCUUGGGGUAGAGAAUAUUGGGGGCAUCUUCAUAGUGCUCGCUGCUGGGCUUGUUCUUUCAGUUUUCGUAGCCAUUGGUGAAUUUAUUUAUAAAUCAAGGAAAAACAGUGAUAUUGAGCAGUGUCUUUCUUUCAAUGCUAUAAUGGAGGAGCUUGGCAUUUCACUCAAGCAUCAGAAGAAGUUAAAGAAAAGGUCAAGAACUAAGGCAAAGUCUUCAUUCACAAGUAUCCUUACUUGCCACCAGAGAAGGACACUGAGGAAAGAAACCAUAGCGUGAGCAGGAGAGGCUCCUGGGAAGAAAUAUCAGGAAGAAAAACAGAACAAAAACUUUGCUGCCUACAAGUUGAUUGUGGUGGGAUUUCUGAAAUACAGACAUUUACCUUGUUCUUCAGAAAUUCUCUGUGGUUUCUUUUUUUAAUCUAGAGGUACAACAGUUUAAAUGCUCACAUAGACUGAUGUACUGCUACUAAUCAUCUGGGAAGUGUCUCAUUAUUAUCUUUUGAGAUGGAUUUGUAUGCUCACCUGGUUUGCAUCUCUCUUCCCCUCCCCAUGCAUUGCUGUAUGUGCUUUCUAAAUAAAUAAAUAAACAAGAGACAGGGAUCUUUUUUCCAAUAUUCUGGAAGUGAUAUCUAUUUUGUUUUUCUUUUGAAGAAAAGAUUACAGUCCUGCUAAGUACAGUUGUUUAGAAACUGGUGUCCAGAUAACCAAAAUAAGAAUCUGUACAAUUAACAAACGACGACUACAAAAAUGUAUAAAAUACUGAGGCAUCAAA